AUGAUUUCCUCCACCCAUAAACACUAUCACCUGCAUGAUAUCGAUUCAGAAAGGUUUGCUGAAAUAUAUUUAUCUGCAACAUCUGAUGCUUUGAUGUUAGAUGAGAUUUUCCAAUUUCCAGCUGAAGAGCUUUUUAAGGAAGUUAAGGAAGGUCUCAUUGGUGGGGACCACUUGAUUGACAUUUCAGUGGGUCCAUGUGUAAUCCAGAUGUUCCCAAUUUUUGAAUUCUUCAAGGAGAUCUCUAUUUUAGAAUUCAGUGAUGUCUGUGUCAACGAUGUGCAGAAGUGGGUGGAUGGUCAUGAAGAUGCGUUUGAUUGGUCUUUCCUGUACAAAUAUGUCAUGGAAUCUGACGGCAACAGUGGUCGUUUUAAAGAAAAGGAAAAUGACCUGCGUAGAAGGAUCAAACGCAUCUUAAAAUGUGAUUUCAGCAAAGCCAACCCUACGGACCUAGUUGUGUUACCAGAAGCUGAUUGUGUGUUGAGUUAUUAUGUGACACAUAUGGUUAGUGAAGAUCAUGACGUUUACCGUUCUAACAUGAAAAAAAUAGCUUCCAUGCUAAAACUAGGUGGACGCCUGUUAUUAUUUGGUGGUUAUAAUGGUGCAUUUUUCACUGUUGGUGAGGAAAAGUACCAUCUUUUAGGGUGUGAUGAAAAGUUUAUAAAAGAAGCUCUGGAAGAUGCAGGUCUUGCGAUUGAGCGAUGUGAGGUGCGGAAAAGUAACAUAGGCAAUGAGGUGGCAGCUUAUGAUUAUCUUUGUUUCAUUAGGGCUGUCAAAAAGAAAAAUAUCUAA